AUGAUCGUCAUUACCUCCAUCCUCUCUUCUCUGGCCGGCCUCCUACUCUUGGCCUUCUUGGCAGCCUCUACCAUGCGCUUCUCCAGCCUGUGGUGGCCGGAGGAGGCCCCGGAGCAGCUGCGGAUCGGCUCCUUCAUGGGCAAGCGCUACAUGACCCACCACAUCCCACCCAGCGAGGCCGCCACACUGCCGGCUCUCCAGGACCCAGGAGCCUCCAUCACCUGGAAGGACCCUCUGUGCAAAACCUCAAGCGUCCAUCUGUGCACAAGGCCGGUGGUUCCCGUCGUCGCCACUCGGGGGUUGCCGGUGAGCCGCAGCCAGGCCGCCUCACGGCCAGUGCCCAUGUGCGCUCCUAUUCGCUGCCCCUUCUGCCUCCGAGGCGGUAGCAGAUGCCACGUUGGCGGGGUCGGUGAAGCAUGCAGGCCCUGCCAGCGGAGGGAGCCCGGUGGUGACCCUUGGUCUGCAGCCCUCUUUGGAGAUCUAAAGCUUAAGGACUAUGGAGUGGAUCUCAUUGAAGUUUCAGACAAUGGAUGUGGGGUAGAAGAAGAAAACUUUGAAGGCUUAACUCUGAAACAUCACACAUGUAAGAUUCAAGAGUUUGCCGACCUAACUGAGGUUGAAACUUUCGGCUUUCAGGGGGAAGCUCUGAGCUCACUGUGUGCACUGAGCGAUGUCACCAUUUCUACCUGCCUUGCAUCGGUGAAGGUUGGGACUCGACUGGUGUUUGAUCACGAUGGGAAAAUAAUCCAGAAAACCCCCUACCCCCACCCCAGAGGGACCACAGUCAGCGUGAAGCAGUUAUUUUCUACACUACCUGUGCGCCAUAAGGAAUUUCAAAGGAAUAUUAAGAAGGGGCCAGUGUCAUUCAAAGAUGUGGCUGUGGAUUUCACCCAGGAGGAGUGGCGGCAACUGGACCCUGAUGAGAAGAUAACAUACGGGGAUGUGAUGUUGGAGAACUACAGCCAUCUAGUUUCCUUGGCUUAUGAGGUGGCAACAUCUUGUACUUCGGAGAUUCUGAAGCCGAGCAACUUGCCCAAGUCCUUCUUCUUUUCCCAUUAACAAGAUAUGAUAU